AUCUUUCAACUCUGUACUGUUUACUCCUGAAUUGUCCCGUUGCAGCUGACACCCACACCCACACACUCUCCCUCCUCUGUCCUUUCACCACUAUCGAGCCCCAAAAAGCUUCGAAACAGUGUGUGUGAGAGAAUAUAGACGUUACAACUUGUUUUUACGUGUUUCUAGAGGUUAAAUUUGUGUAAUUUGAGUGAAUAUAUCAGAUGAACAGUGGGUUUUAGAGAGAGAGAAAAAGAUUUGUGGAGGUUGAUUUUUGGGUGCUGAUUGCAAAAUGUCAAGUGGGUUUCGGUUGAUUUUUGCUGCUUCGUUUGUUCUUAUGCUGUUUGGAACCUGCAAUGGAAGCAAAGUCGGAAUCUGCUACGGUCGAAACGCAGACGAUCUCCCAACACCCGAUAAAGCCGUAGACUUAAUCAAAAACCAAAACAUAAAUUACGUUCGAAUUUACGAUUCCAACAUUCAAGUCCUCAAAGCGUUCGCAAACACCGGUAUCGAACUCAUGAUCGGAAUCCCAAACUCCGAUCUCUUACCGUUCUCCCAGUUCCAAUCAAACGCCGACACGUGGCUCAAAAACAGCAUCCUCCCGUACUAUCCCGCCACCAAAAUCACCUACAUUACCGUCGGAGCCGAAGUCACCGAAGCUCGCGAUAACAGUUCAUCGAUGGUGGUCCCCGCCAUGAUAAACGUCUAUAACGCGCUUAAAAAAGCUGGUUUACAUCGUAGGAUUAAAGUCUCGACGACCCAUUCGUUAGGGGUUUUAUCCCGUUCGUACCCGCCGUCGGCCGGUUCGUUUAACAGCAAACACGCGGGUUUUUUAAAACCGUUGCUCGACUUUCUUGCGGAAAACCAGUCGCCGUUUUUGGUCAACGUUUACCCGUAUUACGCGUAUCGUGAUUCAUCGAAUAACGUUUCUUUAGAUUACGCGCUUUUCGAGUCGUCGUCGGAAGUAAUCGACCCGAACACGGGUUUGCUUUACAUGAACAUGUUCGACGCACAGAUCGAUUCGAUUUACUUCGCGUUAGCGGGGUUAAAUUACAAAACGAUAAAAGUGAAGGUAACCGAAACGGGCUGGCCUUCGAAAGGCUCCCCGAAAGAAACCGCUGCAACACCUGAAAACGCGCAGACGUACAACACGAAUCUCAUCCGCCACGUCAUCAACAACACCGGUACGCCAGCGAAGCCCGGUGAAGAGCUCGACGUAUACAUAUUCUCGUUGUUUAACGAGAACCGAAAGCCCGGUUUGGAUUCCGAACGGAACUGGGGUUUGUAUUAUCCCGAUCAAACGAGCGUAUAUAAUGUCGAUUUUACGGGGAAAGGUACGGUUGAUGUGAACAAUGGCGGGAAUUUGACUACGGUAAAUGGGACUUCUUGGUGUAUUGCUAGCUCGAAUGCUUCGGAAGAAGAUUUGAGAAACGGGCUGGAUUGGGCCUGCGGGUCCGGGAAUGUGGAUUGUUCGCCGAUCCAGCCCAGUCAGCCGUGUUUUCAACCCGAUAGUUUGGUGUCGCAUGCUUCGUAUGCGUUUAAUAGUUAUUAUCAGCAAAAUGGGGCUACUGAUAUUGCUUGUAGCUUUGGAGGAGCUGGAGUUAAAACGAACAAGAAUCCAAGUUAUGACAAUUGCUUGUACAUGACAGCGGGGAGUAACAAAACCGCUGCAAACAACGUAACGACAGGUGCAAAUGCAACUUCUUCAGGGCGAAGAGAGUUUUCACUCCCGAAUCCUUAUUAUUUUCUUCUCAUGAUAGUCUUCACGUGGAUCCAGUUUCUCUGAACCGAUGAUGUCUAAAGAGACCGUGUUUCAGUGGUGUAUUUUGCCAUUUUGGGUAGCUAAUUUAUGUAAUCUCUUCCCUAAUUUUGUAUCAUAAGGGUAGCCAGAUGUUGUUGUAAACAUGUACCAUUCAAAUGUAGUUAAUUUUGUUUAGAGUUAAUUACUGUUUACGUCCCUGUGGUUUGUCAAAAAUCGCUAUUUCAGUCCAUUAGUUUAAACUUUAAAAUUUGCGAUUUCAGUCCCUGUGGUUUUACUUUCGUAACCAUUUCAAUCCAUUUAUUCUGUUAGUACAGGGACUGAAAUGGUUACGAGAUGGACUGAAAUGGUUACGAAAGUGAAACCACAGGGACUGAAAUCGCCAAUUUUUAAAUUAAUGGACUGAAAUAGUGAUUUUUGACAAACCACAGGGACAAAAACAGUAAUUAACUCUUUUGUUUAAGUUGUACUGCAGGCUCGAUUUUGAACGUUAAA